AUGCCGCCACGAACCAGAGCGAACAAAAAGCGCAAAUUGGAGACUACACCUGACGAGGUGGCGUCGGUCGACCUGGAAGAUGGUUGGCUUGACAAGUUCACAAUUCUCCCUCCAGACGAGCUUGCCAGGGUGAUAGCCCACAUCGCAAACCAUGGUCGAGUCAACACUGCUGCCAUCAAGAAGGCAAGAAUGAGCCUCCCGUCGUUCUCCGGUGUCAAGUGGGUAGAUUUAGCAGCACGCCUUGGCCUUGACGAACAGUUCGAAAAAAAUGAAUUUGAGACAUUCGUCACCCCUAUGUAUCUCCUCCCACCAUCGCUUCACGAAAUAAUGUUUGAGGCAGAGUGGUUAACACAGCACGUGUACCAGGAGCGGCAGGCACAGAGCCGGGAAGCGGCAAGAAUCCGAAUGAUGGACCCAUAUUUGGUUCGCAUCAUAGGGCUCUUCCAGGGACGACUCAUCGAUUUACCAGAGCAGGCCAUGUUGGAGACGGAGUACGCAAGCGGAGGAGAGGUUGAGCAUGAGAUUGUUAUGAUCGGUGGCAUACUUUUUUUUAUUGCUGAGUUCAAACUUGGCUUGUCCUUGGCGGACAAUGUCGCGCAACUUUUUGCCGAAAAAUUAGCUGCUGCGAAAGCAAACAAGAAAGCCGAUUUCGGAGACCUCCGCGUGUAUGGGCUCCUCACGGAUCUCACCGACUUCCACUUUUACUCUUACGACCCCGUUGCCGAAAAAUUCGCCUUUGACGAGACCCUGAUCGUUAACAUAACCAGAAAUGUGUCGUUCACCGACAUGAUCCCAGUCGGCAACAAAAUAUUCAGUCUAAUUUUAUCCGCAUAUAUUGAUGGCCUGGAGGCAACAACAUUGAAGAGUCUAGAAAGGGGAGGGAAGGGGGACAUUUCCUCUCCAGGCUCUGCACCUAUCCAACAAAUGGGGCAGCAGAAAGCCCAAUCCAAGCGAGGGCGUUCACGGAAAAAUCAAGCUCAGCCUGGGCCUUCACGGAUAACCCGAUCCCAGCAAGGGCCUUCACAAUCCCAACACACCCAUGGAAAGGGGCGAAUAUCAACUGACGGCUGGCAAACUGCACUACAGUUCGCAAAGCAGUGCCGCGAUAAGUUCGAGGAGCAGGCUGAUACGGUUGAUGAUGUUGAAAGAAAUUCAGCCGCAGCGUUGGAACUCUUGGCAAACAGGUAUUCUGGAUUUUACUGCUGUGCCCUUUCAACCUGA